AUGUCACUAUCAGCAGCUGCAAAUAGUAUGUCUGAUAAGGACUUCCAAAACAUUGGACCCGCACCUUUACCCCCAAGUGCGGGCAAGUCCAAUGCAAGUACGGCUGCCUUUAAUCAAACACAACCAAUAUCUAAGAUGAUGAACGGACUGGAUAUUAAUCAUAGAAAAUCUAUCCCAGUUGGAAAUCAACGAGUCGGUUCUCAUUCGUUAUCCACAACAAGAAGAAAAACUGGUUGGGUCUCUUACAAAGAUGAUGGUCUUUUAUCGUUUCUUUGGCAAAAGAGAUUUUUAGUAUUGAAUGAUUCUUAUUUGGCUCUAUAUAAGAACGACAAAUCCCAAGAUGAUCCUUCUUUAUUAAUAUCUUUGACAAGUAUUAUCAGUGUGAGUAGAACACAACUGAAACAAAAUUGUUUUGAGCUAAUACGUAGCAGUGAGAGAAAUUCAUUUACAAAUUCUAGUAAUAAUUCUUUAUCAUCUUCAAGUUCUUCAUCAGAUUCCUCAAAGAAGGCCAUUUAUAUUUCAACAAAGACAGAACAUGAAUUACAUAACUGGCUAGAUGUAAUUUUUGCUAAAUGUCCUUUAUUGGGAGGUGUAUCUUCGCCGACAAAUUUUACUCAUAAAGUACAUGUAGGGUUUGACCCAGAGACUGGUAGUUUUGUUGGUAUGCCUACAAAUUGGGAAAAACUGUUAAAACAUUCAAGAAUUACAGGUGAGGAUUGGAAUAAUGACUCAGCUGCAGUCAUUCAAGUACUUCAAUUUUAUCAAGAAUAUAAUGGUAUCAACCCAAAUAACAACAAUGCAGCAGCUAAGGCAAAUGCAGGAAUUAAGGGAAGUAUACCAUCUAAACCUUCUCAAAUUAACUCACAAUCUCCUACCAGCAAGUUAUCAAAACCAUCUCUAGAUCAUGCACCACAAAAUUAUCAGAAAAAUGUCCUUCAAAAUAAUAAUAUUCAACAUCAUGAGAAAUUCCAACCAAGAAGACAUGCUCCAAUGGCUCCCAAAGCUACAAACACAACUGACGCUCAAAAGACUCCAAUGCAACAAAAUAUACAGAAUAGAAUAGAUCCACAAUAUUCUGCAAAUCAUAAUGUUCCACCGCCAAGAGCUCCAGGACGUCAAACACCAUUUAAACAACCACUAGCAUCUCAAAAUUACCAACCAUCCUCCCAACCACAACCUCAAGCAUACGCUCAGCCAAAUACUUACAAACCAUAUCAUAACAAUACAAACCCUUACUCAAAACCUCAGGUGUCACCAAACAGAGAUAUCAUAACUCCCCGUGCUCCUCAAAUCUCAACUGCAAAAUUACAAAAUAAAUAUACACAACAGAGAAGCCCUAUUUCUCCUCUGGGUGAGAAACCAAAGGUGAAUCCGAAUGAUCUUAGUGCAAAGGCAGCCACGAUAGCAAUGAGACAAGACUUAAAUCCAAUGAGGGCAGCUCCUACUAAACCCACAGCAGCGCCAUCUGAACCUAAGAAGGAUGUUGCUGUCACUAAACAAAGAAAACCAUCUAAGCCAACGAUGUCUAAUGCUGAAAUAAUGAGCAAGUUGAAAAAUGUUACAUUCAAUACCGACCCUUCACCAUACUUCAAAAUGAUAGAAAAAGCAGGGCAAGGUGCAUCAGGGUCUGUCUACUUAGCGGAACGUGUUUAUCUUCCUCCAAAUAUCAACAAUCGUUUGAGUAGAUACCAAAAUGGUGAAUCUCCAAAUGUUAGCAUUGGUGAUAAAGUAGCUAUAAAGCAAAUGAUACUUUCAAAACAACCUAGAAAGGAACUUAUUGUAAAUGAAAUUUUAGUCAUGAAGGAUUCUCGUCAUAAAAAUAUCGUUAAUUUCUUGGAAGCAUACCUAAAGACUGAAGACGAUCUAUGGGUUGUCAUGGAAUAUAUGGAAGGUGGUUCUUUAACUGAUAUCAUCGAAAAUUGUCAGGCCAAUACAACAUCUCAUUCACCACUAAUGGAGCCACAGAUCGCAUAUAUAGUUCGUGAAACUUGCCAAGGUUUAAAAUUUUUGCAUGAUAAACACAUUAUUCAUAGGGACAUAAAAUCUGAUAAUGUCCUAAUGGACACACAAGCUCGCGUAAAGAUUACCGACUUCGGUUUCUGUGCUAAAUUAACUGAUAAAAGGAGCAAGAGAGCUACGAUGGUAGGUACUCCAUAUUGGAUGGCUCCCGAAGUUGUAAAACAACGUGAGUACGAUGAAAAAGUUGACGUUUGGUCAUUAGGUAUCAUGACAAUUGAAAUGCUAGAAGGUGAACCUCCAUACCUGAAUGAAGAUCCAUUAAAAGCGCUGUACUUGAUUGCUACCAACGGGACUCCAAAACUAAAAUAUCCUGAGACAUUAUCUCUUGAUAUCAAAAGAUUCUUGAGUGUCUGCUUAUGUGUAGAUGUUAGAUACAGAGCAUCAACUGAAGAAUUGCUUCAUCACAAUUUUUUUAGCAUGGCUUGCCAACCAGAAGAACUUGUAUCAUUACUGGAGUGGAAGAAAUAA